GUUUGGUCACAUGUUUGUGGAAACUUUGAAUCCAAAGAAUGAUCACAUCUUACAAGACAUUGCAUUCAUUGGACUUUGAGAUCACUUGCCAUUCAUAUGUGUUUUCAAUUGAUUUCCUGUCAUAUCUGUAAAUCAUAACAACAUUUGCAGAUAUAGUGCCACACAAUGAGUGCUCAGUUUGAACUCAACGUCUGGUCCGGCGAUUGGGGUUUGCCUUCAAUUGACUUCAAAUCUCUUCAGAUGUUAGCCUUUUGUAGAUUCAGUGGAGUUCCCAUAAAGACAAACGCAACGAAUAACCCGUUUUGGUCUUCUUUGCCAUCAUUUCGGCACAAAACGACAAAAGUGUUUGAAAUGAAGAAACUGAUCCAUUAUCUGAAGGAACAGAACUAUAGCGCAGACUUCAAUCUGUCGGCCAAAGACAUAUCGGAUGUGUUGGCAUACGAGGCACUACUGAAAGCCCAAUUAGAGCCGGCGCUGAUGUGGCUGUUGUGGUGCGACAACAAUAACUACGAACAGCUGAUGAGGGGCUGGUAUGCGAAGAGACUUCCCUUUCCCACCAAUUACUUCAUACCAAACCACUACAAGACGGCCGCUGAGAAGACGGUGCGCUCGAGGUUUGGCGGACAGGCAUUGAACGGCGAUGUGAGCGAUACGAUGAUUGAGAGCGCAAUCAUAGGUGAGGCCCAGAAGUGCUUAACUCUGCUGUCGGAGCGCCUCAAAGACGAGUACUUCUUCGGCCAAAAUCCCAGUUCUUUCGAUGCGUUAGUCUUUGGCUAUUUGGCGCCUCUUCUCAAAGUGCCGACACACAACCGCAUCCUUCAGAAUCACAUCAAAUCGUGUGAUAAUCUGACAAAAUUUGUCAAUAAAAUCCUUUCCAAGUAUUUCCCGACACAUAAAGACAAUAACUCGAAGACAACGACAAGUGAUUCGAACAGCACUUCGGCCGAUCCCGAAGAAGACAACGACUUUCCCCAUAAAUGGAGAGAUAUUAUACUCUCGGGUCUGUUCGCAACGGCAGCGAUGGUUGGCUACGCUUUGUUCACCGGUUUGGUUAAGAUUGAUGUGUCGGACGAUGAGGACAAUGAAUAUGAAGAGAACGAGGAAUCGGUUCCAGACUUAAGUGCGAUAUUCAAUGACUAUGAGGAAGAGUCUGAAGACAGAGACGAGCAGUAGUUUUAGUCAUUUUCACUCAAUUUUAGUCCAAUGUUAUGAAAUUUAAAACAUAAGUAAUUUAAUUAAACAAAUUUCAAGUCAAUACAAA